CACCUUUACACUUACGAAAGGCGGUUCUUUCUUUGUCUUUUGCCAGUGAAGAACAUCAAUGGCAUCAUCGUCGCCGUCGUCGACUCUUGAAGUAACAGUUUUCACAGACACGAACUUGGGCACUCACAUUGCCGUGGCUGUUUCUCCAGAUACUAUUGUUGGUGAUUUGAAGAGAGAGCUUGAAAGAACACACUUCAAGUGUCUCCCAAACUUAAGAGAGAUCAAGGUUCUUGGUUUAAUGGUGGAGAGGAAAUCAUGCUUUUACCAUCUUCCUGAUUCAUUCCCUAUCAAGCAUGCUUUUCUAGGUCACAAACGAUCAUGGUUUGUGCAUGCGGAAGUGAGGCCUCCGAAAGUUUUAGAUGGGUUCAGUUUGUUCCAGUUUGCAGGCACGAAAAAGGGGAAUCAUAUUUCUGAUAGUAGCAAUGUCAUCAAGCCCUUACAGAUAAAUACCGAAAAAGAUGAUAAGGUAAGCCAAACUACGAGGAUAACAAGAUUGCCUGUUGUGAGGCACCAAACCCAAGAACUUCUGAAAUCUGCUCCUUUUGUGCAUAAAAAGAGAAGGAAGAAGAGUGUAAGAACCUCUGAAGACUGCAGAUCUUUAACGUGCAAUGAUAGAGAUGAAAAGACUCCAGAUCCUGCUAUUGAAGAGAAUUGUAGACUUUCUGCAUCGAAAAAGGAAGUUGGUGUUUCUCGAGGGACUAAUAGUACAUCCGCAGCCAUUCAGAAACAGCUGCCCACAAAACCAAAAGCCAAAAGUGAUGAUAACUGCUCUAGCAUUUUCGAUGAUGAUUCGCCAAUGGUCAAAACUCCUGCAAGAAUAGCAUCCUCUCCAUUUCCAUCUGAGCCAAGUCCUUCAACUCCAAUGAUUAAGCGUCAAAAGCUUGAAGUUGGUAAACGUAUGCUCGCAGCCUCAAAAAACCUCAACAGUUUGGCAAAUAAGGGAAGGCCUGUAAUUUCUUCUUACGGAUUCAAAACAAGGAAAUUACCACACCUAAAUGCUUUUUCUGUGGCUAAAACUUUAGUCUUUGAGCUCGGUGAUGAUGAUGACUAAAAAGCGUAUCUCGUCAAUUGUGUGAUAGAACUGAUCGUCUCGUCUAUUUUCACAUGCCAAUGCUCAGUUUCUUUGUCAUCUUCAAGAAUGGAGUCGCGAAAAGUUGCUUGGGAGACCUUUUGAAGCUUAGUGGAACAAAGCAGGGGAAGAAGGCUGCUCAGAAACAAUCAAAUGGUUUCAGACUGUUCACUGUUCACAAGCUUUUGUCAAUGGUGGUAUAUGGUCUCAGCCAACUCAAGCCCUUCAUGUCAUAUGUGGAUUAAACUGUCCAUUUAUAUGUUCUCUCUUAUAAAUGUGUGAUAGACUGGCACAACUUUUGGUCUCUUUCUGCCAAAGCCAUUGCCAUGUUUUUGUCCAAUUCUUGUUAUUAUUAGUCUUUUAGCAAUGUGAGAGAGAUUCCUUCUUCUGCAA